AGAUAAUAAUUCUAAAAAAGUUAAAAAGAUAAUCUUUGAUAAGCCCGGACUUUGGUGAAGGGUUUGACAGUUUCCCCUGUUUUUGUGCCCUCGGCGCCGGGCUCCGCCGCUUCCUCCGCCGGCCGUUGCCACCCUAAUAAAUCUCGCGACUUCGCCCAACUCCGGCAAAACCAUCUUGUGCUGGUCGGCGCGAAGGAGGGAGGGAGGGAGGGGAGAGAGGAUGGCCGCGCACGACGGCGGCCCAGAUCUGCCCGCCAACGCCCCUGUCGACGGCGACGCGGACGCCGGCGGGCCGUACAUCCCCGCGGAGCUGAUCCCGGACAUCGCGAAGCACCUGACGAGCCUGCACGACUUCUUCGCCCUCCGCGCCGGCUGCCGCGCCUAUCGCGCCGCCCUGCCCAAGUGCCGGGCCCUGCUCGCGCUCCAGCCGCCGCACCUCCUCGUGCCCCACACCGCCGACCCCUCGCUGCCCCUCUUCAAGCUCCUCGAGCCCGGCUGCGCCGCCUUCUCGCUCGCCCUCUUCCACACCCCCGACCGCCGCCUCCUCCGCUUCCGCGCCCGCCUCCCCUUCUCCAGGGACGUCGGCGUCCUCACCUCCGACGGCGCCCGCGUCGCCGCCGUCGACGGCGCCACCGGCGAGAUCCUCGUCAACGACAUCUUCUCCGGCGCGCAGGCCCGCCUCCCCAAGCCCCCGCUGGCCUACAGCCGCCUCAUCCUCAGCGGCGGCUACGUCUUCGCCCCGGCCAUGGACCGCACGGAGAUCCAGUACUGCAGCCUCUGGUACGCCCACUGGGGCGUCGCGUCCUACGGCGGCUAUUCCGAGAUCCAUGACUGGCGCAUCGUCAACGGCGCCCUCUACGGGCUCCUCCCCUCCUGCGGGCUCGUCAUGGCCUCGCUCCCCAAGGACAACACAAUGGAACUGUGGAUGCUUGGAGGCGAAUUCGACGAGGACCUUGAAGAGACUCUCAAGGAGACCGUAGGCGGAUCAGUGCUGGGGGAGUGCGGCGGCCAGCCCCUGCUUAUCUGCAAGGUGGGCCGCAUCGAUCGGGAAUACAAGGUUUUCCUGUGGGACGCCAAUGAGUGCAAGUGGGUGAGGACAAUGAGCCUUGGAGGGCGGACGCUGUUUAUUGGCUACGACGAUUUCGUCGCGUGCCUUGGUCCAGAUGUUCCAGGGAUCCGUCCCGACUGUGUGUAUGGAUCAUUGCCAUGGAGUGGGGGAUGGAGCGAGUAUUCUCUGGUUGAUGGGACCUGUAAAUGCUUCACUGCACAGUAUCCAGGUGAACCAGGGGUUGGUUUCGGGAGGCCGCAGGUUUGGGUGCUUCCAAGCUUGUUCUGCAACUAUUGAGGUUUGAAGGAAUCGUGCACCAACAAGGAACGUGAUUAUGAUAAAGUCUCAUUGCCAUUAGCUUAUGUUUGCUGUUUCAGCGCAAUAUUGGAGAAAUAACUUGGCAAGAAGCUUGUCUCUGCGGUCUGCUGUUAACUGUAGUCGCCCUAUUGUGAAGCCGAAGUGGAGUUCUUGCAUAUAGCCAAGCCUUGGUGCAAUGUGCUUGAAUUGAAAAUUAGAGUCAUGCUAAGUUUAUUGUUUCUUUAAAUACUUUUACCAUAGCGAUGGGUUUGGUUUGCCUCCAAGGAUCAAAGAUUAACAAUAUGGUUAACUAUUAUGUUUUUGGUGUUA